GAAAGGCCAAGGUAUGUGCUGGUCUUGCUGUUGUUGCUGCACAGUACAGACUCCUUCUAUGUACCUGGUGUGGCUCCUAUCAACUUCCACCGCAAUGAUCCUGUAGAAAUAAAGGCUGUGAAGCUCACCAGCUCGCGAACCCAGCUACCAUAUGAGUACUACUCGUUGCCCUUCUGCCAGCCCACCAAGAUAACAUACAAGGCUGAGAAUCUCGGUGAGGUUCUUCGGGGGGACCGAAUUGUAAAUACACCUUUCCAGGUUUCCAUGAACGUGGAGAAGAAAUGUGAAGUUCUGUGCAACCUUCCCAAUAAACCAGUCACUCUGACAGUGGAGCAGAGCAAGCUGAUCGCCGAGCGGAUCAGGGAAGAUUACUAUGUCCAUCUCAUCGCCGAUAACCUCCCUGUGGCAACACGGCUGGAGUUUUAUUCCAAUCGUGAGGAAGAGGAGAAGAAGAAGGAAAAGGAUGUGCAGUUCGAGCAUGGAUACAGGCUUGGGUUUAUGGAUGCUAACAAGUUCUACCUGCACAACCACCUCUCCUUCAUCCUUUACUACCACAGAGAGGAUGUGGAGGAGAACCAGGAGCCCACCUACAGGGUUGUGCGCUUUGAAGUGAUUCCCCAAAGUAUUAAACUAGAAGACUUGAAGGCUGAUGAGAAGAGCAUGUGCACCCUGCCUGAAGCUACGGGCUCUGCCCCUCAGGAAAUAGAUCCUUCUAAAGAGAACCAGUUGCUCUUCACCUACUCUGUCCACUGGGAGGAAAGUGACAUUAAAUGGGCUUCCCGCUGGGACACGUACCUGACCAUGAGUGACGUGCAGAUUCAUUGGUUUUCUAUCAUUAACUCGGUUGUGGUCGUCUUUUUCCUUUCAGAUGAUCUGGGUGAGAGGAUUGAGGGCACCCUCAGUAAAUUUGCAGAUGACACCAAGCUAGGUGAAAGUGUUGACCUGCUUGAGG